GGCUCCACACGCUGUGGUGCCGCCGGUGACGCUACGAGCGCUACUAGGCGUAGAUUAGUAGCUGGUGAGCUGCAGAGCUGCAGGUAGGAUUAGGUGUAGCAGCCCAGUUCGCCGGUUCCGAAGUUAGCUGACUUAGCUCUCGAUCACCCAGUUCUGGUGUUAGCCUUCUUGUGCUCACGAUGAGUUCCAAACUGAGGAAAGGAAUGCUCUUCGGCAUGGGCAAUCCACUUCUUGACAUAUCUGCAUCUGUGGACGUCGAAUUCUUACAGAAAUAUUCACUGAAAACUAACAAUGCUAUUCUUGCUGAUGAGAGCCAUGCUUCACUGUACACAGAACUUGUGGAAAAAUUUGACUGUAGCUACACAGCUGGAGGUGCCACACAAAAUACUCUGCGUGUCUUUCAGUGGGUCGUACAGAUUCCAGAAGUUGCCACAUUCAUGGGCUGCAUUGGUAGGGACAAAUUUGGUGGCAUUCUUGAACAGAAAGCCAGAGAAGCUGGUGUCAACGUCAGGUAUCAGUACUCUGACAAGGAACCUACAGGCACAUGCGCUGUUCUGCUGACUGAUCAUGGAAAGAGUCGCUCUUUGUGUGCCAAUUUGGCUGCAGCACAGCUUUAUUCAGUGGAUCAUCUCCUGAAGCCUGAAAAUAAGGCAUUGAUGGAAGAAGCCAGUCAUUAUUAUAUAUCGGGGUUCUUUUUGAAUGUCAGCCUGGAUAGUAUAUUGACUGUGGCCAAACAUGCUUCCAGCAAGAAGAAAGUUUUUUGCAUGAACCUCAGUGCACCAUUCUUAUGCCGUACAUUCAAGGACAACAUGAUGGCUGCUUUCCCAUAUGUUGAUAUUAUCUUUGGAAAUGAGACGGAAGCAAGAGAGUUUGCUGAUGUUCACAAUAUGAAGACCAAAGAUAUUACUGAGAUUGCCAAACUGAUAAGCAAGUUUCCCAAGGAGAACAAAGAGUUUGAAAGAAUGGUGGUAAUAACCCAAGGUGCCGAUGAUGUCAUUGUAGCUCAAGGUCAUACCACUCAGAACUUUCCCGUUCCCAAGCUUGAGCCAGAUGUGAUCGUUGACACCAAUGGUGCUGGAGAUUCCUUUGUUGGAGGUUUUCUGGCCAUGUACCUCCUGGGGAAACCUAUCGAAACCUGCAUUCGUUGUGGCAUCACUGUGUCUGUGGAAGUCAUCAAAAAUUCUGGCUGCACUCUACCAGAUAGAGAAAGCAUUCGUGUGGUUUAAGCUAGCAGACUCGCCCAAAUCAUUUUUUUUCCUUCUCCAUUGCUCCUGGUGCUACUUAAGCAAAUGGCAUUUUACAUGCAAUGUCCAGUCAUGCAUAUUCAUGAUAGCUGAAGUGAGGCAGCUGUGAGCUGCUCAGUUGCAUUCCCAAUUUCAGCAAUAGUGUGAUUACUCAGUGGGGUGACUGGUUGCCAAGCCCAAAUGGAAAAAAAAAAACGGAAAGUGAAUGCUUUACAAUAAAGAACUGCUUUUGUAAAAUUUUA